UCUGAGUUGCAGGUUACUCAUCCUAUUCGCUUGGGUCUCGCUCUCAACUACUCUGUAUUUUACUAUGAAGUCUUAAACCAGCCUGAAGAGGCUUGUAAGAUGGCUCGCAAGGCAUUCGAAGAUGCGAUUGCCGAGCUCGAUAAUGUUAGCGAGGAUAGCUAUAAGGAUUCUACGCUUAUCAUGCAACUCCUUAGAGACAACCUGACUCUCUGGACAUCUGAUCAAGAUGGUGCUGCUGAGGGUGGUGCUCAAUAA